GAAAGGUUGUGAGAGCUUUUUAUCCUGCAAAGCAUUUGAGACGCGGUCCGUUGAAGAAGAGGUCUCCAUGUUGCAUCCAUACAGAAUGGAGAGCUACCUCAUCGCGCCUCACUCAGAAGAAAUGUACGAUCCUGAGAUCUACAGACAUCAAAUUACAGAAUAUUAUAAUCCAUAUGUCCUAGAUGCAGAUAUCCAGGCAGAUCACUGGGACUACCACACUCACCCUCACGUACACGCUGUAGAGUUUGAGAACCUCCAAGAGACUAACUUCACAGAGCUGCAGAGUGUGCAGACUCUGCAUGCGCCCAGCCUGUUACGACAUGACGUCAUACGUUACGACGCAGAGAGCCUGCUGGAUCCAAAUCUCGGGGCCCAUCCUCACGUGUUACAGCAACCGGCAGCAUUCUUCCCUCGGGCAGUGUAUCCACCACACGUGUCCCAGCGCAGCUCUGAUGAUGAGGAGCACGGAGCACGAAGUCCCCCACUGGAGGUGUCUGAUGAGGAGUGUCUGAGAGAUCGAGUCCCUUAUGUCACACCAGGAGAACUGGGCAAUAAAAAGAAGAUCCGAUUGUACCAGUUCCUGUUGGACCUUUUAAGGAACGGCGAUAUGAAAGACAGUAUCUGGUGUGACAGAGACAAAGGGACAUUCCAGUUUUCCUCCAAACACAAGGAGGCUCUCGCACACCGCUGGGGAAUCCAGAAGGGAAACCGCAAAAAAAUGACCUAUCAGAAGAUGGCUCGUGCCUUACGCAACUAUGGCAAAACUGGAGAGGUGAAAAAAAUAAAGAAGAAGCUGACGUACCAUUUCAGUGAUGAGGUGCUGGGGAAGAGUCAUCUGGAGAGAAAAUACAUGUAGGCAGGAGGGAUCCUGAAAUGUCAAAAUGUACGCAUUAAAAGUGUUAGAUGCUUAGAUGCUUAAUCAAACUUGCCGUUCUGGAAAUUUAAUUGUGUGAAUACCGUUACUGCUGUACAGUGGACCAAUAAUUGAUAGUGUACAGUGAAAAGGCAAAAAGUGGAAAGAGAGAGGAGGGCAUUACAGUUUCACGUUAUGCAUCCUAGACCCCGGGUCACUUUGACGCUCAGUAUGCAUGUUUAAAUGUGGCUGCGCACAUAUCUGUGCAUAUUCUUUUUUGGAAACUUCUGUUUGUACAUUUUCAAAACUUUUGUUUGACAACGAGUGAGAGUUGAAAUAUCCCAGGAGGCCCGAGCCUUCUUUCUAAUGUGUUUGACGCUUAACAGGCUUAAGUUCUCUUGUGUGUAUACUGUGUGUAUUAUUCCAUGUAUAUAUAAUUGCAAAUUAAUAUUUAAAACAAGAAGACACAAAUAAGUCAUUAAUGAUUUAGACGAACCUUAAGGUUAAGACCAUUAGAACAAUUAUAAGACCAUGUUAUACUUAUAUGACAAAAGUUUUGUACAUACAACUUUGUAUGCUCUAAUAAGGAAGUGCUUGUAAAAAAAUAAAUUCUUCAUGAACAUA